UCUUUAUAUUUAUAUUCAAAAACGAUAAAGCAAAAAAAAAAAGAAUCAAAAGCUUCUUCCAUGGCUAUCUUUGUUCACUAUCUUUCCAUCCUUCUCAUCUCCGCCGUCAUCUUCCUCCUCCUCCGUGCUUAUCGUCUCCGGCUCCUCCGUCUACCGCCGGGAAACUUGGGUUUACCUUUCGUCGGGGAGACUUUACAGCUUAUAUCUGCUUACAAGACCGAAAACCCCGAGCCGUUUAUUGAUGAAAGGGCGAAACGGCACGGUUCAGUAUUUACGACCCACGUGUUCGGUGAGCCGACUGUGUUUUCCGCCGAUCCGGAGACGAACCGGUUCAUCUUACAAAACGAAGGGAAGCUGUUCGAGUGUAGCUACCCCGGUUCGAUUUCGAAUUUGCUGGGGAAACAUUCUUUGCUUUUGAUGAAAGGAAACCUUCACAAAAGAAUGCAUUCUUUGACCAUGAGUUUCGCCAACUCGUCAAUUAUCAAAGAUCAACUUUUGGUUGACAUAGACCGGUUAAUCCGGCUGAACUUGGAUUCCUGGACCGACCGUAUCCUCCUCAUGGAAGCGGCCAAGAAGAUAACAUUUGAAUUAGCGGUGAAGCAGCUAAUGAGUUUCGAUCCUGGUGAAUGGAGUGAGAGUUUAAGAAAACAUUACGUUCUUGUUAUCGAAGGCUUUUUCACCGUUCCUUUGCCUCUCUUUUCCGCCACCUACCGUCGUGCCAUCAAAGCAAGAAGGGAAGUGGCGGGAGCAUUGAGCAAGAUAGUAAAGGAAAGAAGAGAAGAGUAUGAAAAGGGUGAAAGGAAGAACGAUAUGUUGGGAGCAUUAUUAGGAGGGGAAUGGGAAGAAGACCAACUUUCAAAUGAACAAAUUGUAGAUUUCAUGGUUGCUUUGCUUGUUGCUGGCUAUGAAACUACUUCAACUAUCAUGACUCUUGCUGUCAAAUUCUUGACUCAGACCCCUCUUGCUUUGGCUCAACUCAAGGAAGAACAUGACGGUAUUAGAUUGAAGAAAAGCGGUUCAGAGGGUCUUCAAUGGAGUGAUUAUAAGUCAAUGCCAUUCACUCAAUGUGUUAUCAACGAGACGCUACGAGUCGCAAACAUUAUUAGUGGAGUUUUUAGACGAACGGUGACGGAUGUCAACAUAAAAGGUUACACAAUUCCAAAGGGUUGGAAGGUUUUUGCAUCGUUUCGUGCUGUACAUCUUGAUCAUGAUCACUUUAAAGAUGCUCGCACUUUCAAUCCAUGGAGAUGGAAGAAUAAUAACUUGGGGACGAGCUGUUCCGGGAAUUUUUACACGCCGUUCGGAGGAGGGCCUCGAUUGUGCCCUGGAUAUGAGCUUGCUAGAGUAGAAAUCUCAGUCUUCUUACACCACCUUGUAACUCAGUUCAGUUGGGUACCUGCUGAAGAAGAUAAGCUAGUUUUCUUCCCCACAACCCGAACCCAAAAGCGAUUUCCGAUCAAUCUGCAGCGUCGGCGUUAAAUCUGGGCAUCUUAGCCAUUGUAAAGAAGAUGGAGUGGAGGUGUAAUCAUUUCCAAAGUUGGGGUUACGAUCACUAUUUUACCUGGAUUUGAAAGUGUGGGAUAAAAAUGUUGUUCAGGUAAUAGAGAUGCAGUGGGCAUUGUUUUGAUCCUUAUUUCCAACUUGUAAAAAUUCCCCAAAUGUUGGCAUCUAAAUUCUAUUUAUUUAAAUGAAAUUCACCAAAUUUCUCAUUGCACAAA